GAAUGAUGAGGAAAAGCUUGCUUUCUCAGAGCUUUUAAAGCUAUCAAGAUUCUCACAGGUAUAUGUUAAGUUCAGUGCCAUGUUCAGGGUGUCAAGAAUGCCAUUUCCAUACCAGGAUUUGACCCCACAACUAGCUGAGGUUGUCUCCAGUUUUGGUGCAAAUCGUAUCAUGUGGGGCAGUGAUUUCCCAUAUGUUGUUCCCGAAUGUGGCUAUAAAGGAGCAAAAGAGGCAGUGUCUCUUGUUGCCAGUCAAGUACCCUUGUCACCGACUGAACUAGAAUGGAUCAUGGGUAGAACGGUUACGCAACUCUUCAAAGGUCAAUGGCUUCCUUAGACAAUAUCAUCGGUAUCUGAUCUUUUUCGCCAACGAUGAAAGCAAAUACAAAGCCGAUGAUUCUACUGCACUACUUUUGCAUAUUGUCUGUCUAACGCUAUUUCUACUCAAAAUGCAUGUAAAUCUUCUGUUAUACUUCAAGUCAUGUCCAUAUAUCUGAAUUUUCUUAAUUGCUAAGUUUGGUAACGUGAGUUUAGUUGGAGUGUAUUUGAAUUUGGGACUCAAAAUUCAAAUACAUUAUUUGUUAUACU